AUGGACUUCGACACGUCGCUUUUGGUCGACGAAGUCUGGGAUGCGAGAAGGGACAGCCGCCACGAGCCAUCGAUUACAAACAUACCGCUGCACUAUGAACGAGCCAAGGCUCUUUGCCUAAGCCGAGGCCUCACAGUCGAUGACAUUGCUGAGCUGACCCCAAGAUUUUGGGACUUCCACUUCGAUCCCAUUUCUUCUCGGGACAUGACAGCUUUCGUCAUCGCAACGAUUCACCUCAACUUGUGUGUCGGAACGAUUGCCAGAUUCUCGCGUGAGCGACCUGACCUCAUGGCCACCCUCGAGGAACUUCUCGCUUUCAAGGCUUGCGGAGAAUUCAUGUUGACAGAGGUCGGCCAUGGCCUCGACGCCCGCAAUCUGGAGACGACUGCGACGAUGGAAGCCGACGGGUCUUUUACCCUGAACACGCCGAACGC